CUUCUUACGUUUGCACAAUUUUAUGUUUAGAUUGCCAGCCAUAUCUGUUCUUGUCCAAUGGAGGCCACUCAAAGUUUACUUAUCUACUUUUGACAAGGCUAUGGGUGCUUUAGUUGCCGAAAUUGAUCAAGAAGGCAAAGAACAACUUGUUUAUUAUGUCAAUCAAAAUUGCAAAGAUGCUGAGUCAAGCACUGUCCAACAUCCUAUCUCUAACAAAGUUCCUGGUAGUGAGGUCACUCAUACACAAGAAAUUAAAGAAGAAUGGACAUUAUAUUUUGAUGGGUCUUCCACGAUUGAAGAGGCUAGAGCUGGCAUUGUUCUCAGAGAUGAUAAAGGCCAUGAUACGCAGGCAAGGAAACCCAGCCAAGCCGACAGCACUCCCUUGAGAAAACCGAAAUCAAGAUCUGCUCUGCUCUGUCCGUCCAGUUGUUGCUCUUGCCGGUUUGUGGGUGCAAAUUCCUUUGAUUUUUCGAUCCCCCUAAAUUUCCCUGCACUUCCUGCCGGCUUCCCCAAUCUGCAGCUUCGGUUUCUGCUGGCUGGAAUUCUGGUUCUUGAGUGUUUUGCCACCCGAGUAGUUGGCUUGAGUUCCGGAUUUGAGGUAAGUAAAUUAUAGUAACACCCUUCAAUUUCAAAGCAUGUUUUAAAUUAUUUUUGAGAUGGUGGCAAGGUUAAAAUUGAUUUUAUUAGCACCGAACAUGAUUAAUUUGAAAUGGAAUUAUUUUGGUUUUCAUUGAGUAGAGCAUGCCACUUGCAACUUACUGAACUGCUCUAAUGAUUUAAGAAUUUUUGUAAAUUAUGAUUUUUGUUAAAUUCAUGCCCACAUGGAAUUUUUUUGGUUUAUUUUUUUAAUUUUGAGAUUGAUUGUGAAUUAUGAAUUUUUUUAUAAAUCUUGCAUGGUUUUGUCUCUGAUAUAGUCAUGAUUACUGACGCCCGCCAGUGGAAGUUUGCAAACGUUGGCACAUGUCGACAUGUUUACUGAUAGGACCAGUUCAUUUUGAAAUCCUAUCAAUGGGAUAAAACAUUGGUUACUACUGUGUCCGCCAGUGGAAGGUUUAUAAACGCUGGCCAUGACUUAUAGAUGAGACAAUAUUACUGAAUUUUCUUCUGUAUUAAUGGUUUGUCAUUAAACACUUUGCUAUUGAACUGAAUUUGAUUCUGUAUUAACAGUUUAUCAUUGAACAUUUUGUUAUGUUAAACUGUUUAUCAAGCAUGCUAAAAAUUUUACUCGAGAGCUAUCCAUAUUUACUUACUGAGUUAUCUCAUAAUUUUUCCUUGUCCACCAUUUUAGGAAGCGAAGUCAAGGACGGGGAAAAACGAGGGGAGUGACGAGUUAGAAGGCUAGCCACUUGUAAUUUAAUAUAAAUUUUAGAUAUAGAUCAUGAUCUUGUAAGUUAGAUUUUAAUUGGAGAUUUUAUAAAUCCAUUUAAUGGAUUGUUAGUUUAUAAGAGAUUUGACCUUGAGAUUUUGAACUUAA